AUGUCAACUGUCACACAGCACAGCAUACAAAGUACCUCCGACAUCUGCUUGAAGACGUCACUCAUCUCCAGAACACUGGCCACUGCUCGGCCCGAAGAACACAUCCCUGGAGUCGUGGGAGUCCACAAGCUCUCCACGCCUGCAAAUCUAUCGCGCACGCCCGUUCGACCAGCGGAUCCGCCCGAUUGGUUGGCAUCCCCAUCCAUUCCCCGUGCCAAGUAUUCAGACGGUGAACUCUCGGCGCGAGGAAUUCGUCGACCGGGAUCACCCGUCCCGAGUGGGCACGCUAGCACGGAGUUCCCCAGCUGCCUGAUAGAGCUCGAUGAUGUUAUGGAUGAUGCUGGCUUGCUUGAUACCCCGGCUAGCCGUCUCGUGGGAGUCUGGCCGAUCAUGGAUAUGAGGUUUGAUAAGGGCGCAGAUGUCAUCGAGGGUAAGGGCCUUGUCGCGUUGAUCUUGCUAAUCACAAAGGGUGCCCCCAGGACCCAGUAG